AUGUGGAUGCGAAAACACCCUCAUUUGUGUGUUUUAGUACGCUCCGACUGUUUAAAUGUAUACUCUGCAACUGGUGAAGUGUUUGAAGUGGCGCUACCGUUCCAAGCAAAUCGACUGAUUCCGAUACAAGGAAAAGGUCUUUUACUACAACGUAGUCCGGCAGUGGAGAUCUUGACGACAUCCUUGAAACGAUCAAGAGAUGCUGCAGCUGUAGAGUUGGCGAGAAUAAAUCGACGAGCAAGUACAAGUAAUAGAGGAGAUGGAGAUCGAUACAAGUAUGGAUCUAUAGAGACAGGUAUACCAGCAAGACCAAGGUAUUUUACACUUCGACAUCCACUGGAUGAGGUUAAACCAGUGGCUCUAAGUUCGAGCAACGACAAGGUGAUAGAAACAAGUAAGGAGACAGUUUUUUUAUCCGACUCGGCAUUGGACGCUGUUGCUGUGUUAGAAGAAGCAGCAUUGCCAAUGUUGGUGGCUUUUCAUCGUUGGGAACAGAGGUUUUAUGUUUUUGAGAUGAAAAGAGUAAAGACGAAAUCAACGAGAUGCUCCAUGCCAAAUGUCAAAGCAGCUGACGGAUCAACAUGGACGAGAUGCCGUAGAACAAAUGAAUUGGAUGAAGUACGAGUGCCAAUUGCACCUGACUGGCUGGCUGUGCCAUUAUGGAACACGCCUCGCGUUACAUCAACGUCGCCAAAACCGAUGGUCCUGUCGCCAAUUCUUUCGGAUUCUCUCAUGACUACUUCUUCAUCUGUUCCGCCGUCUCCAGUAGCGGUUAAUGUAUCCUCGAGUUCAUCGCACACGAUUACGAAAAGAGCAUUUAUUGCUUCCGAUGUAGAUGGCUUUCCGCUAUUGUGCAUUAUGGACAAAGAUGCUGGAACUUUAUUUCUGAGGCCUUUGUCACAGCAAGAAAGCCCUAGAGCUACAAAAGACGACCACGAAACUAGUGACUUUCGUAUCUUGCAUUGUCGUGAUGCUGUCCCUAUCCGGCAGAAUGACGGCAGAAGGUUGUGUGAAGAUGAAACGAGCAUUAGAGGCCGCAGCUAUGAAGGCUUUGUCGAUAUCGUGGUACUUGAAAAAGCUGGUACUCUCAUGUUGUAUCGAGCACACCAUCCGAUUUGCAAUCUCGUUAUUCCUGGCAUGGAGCAUGGUAAUCUCGCUGUUGACGUUACGAAUGAGGAUGGCUCGGAUAGAAUGCGGCUAGUAGGCAAUGUCAAGCUGAACGCCGUUGACGGAUGUGAUGUAUAUGCGAUCGUAUUUCCAACUUUAUGCGGUAACUUAGGUGGAAAGGUCUGGCGUUGCAAGCAUCCGUUAACAAUUGUAAGCUCGCCACUGCUACAGCACGUUUUCCAAGUGCUUGACUGCAUAGUCCCACCUAUGACGUUGUGCGCAUUAAAAGCACAAGUAGUAUGUAGAGCACAAUUGAAAGUCCAAGGCACAUUUACUGAUGACGUAGCGAUAAGUGGUGGGAUUGAAUGGCAGGCUUUCUGUGAAUGCGUCCUCGGUCUGCUAACGAGUCAAACCAGCGAUGAUAAGGAAAUGUUGUCAUCCGUACUAGCUGGCAGUGCCCGUGAUAAAAAAGACGGGUAUGCUGCUCCUUCGUGUUCAUCAUCUUUUGAUGCACUUUGCCAGAGCAAAUACCAUGACAUAUAUCAGUAUGAGCAUGCUAUGCUUUUUGCCACAAUGGAGCUGCCAGUCGCAAAGUCUUUUGCGCAUACUUCCAGCGGCAAUCCCGACACUAGCAACGAAAAUGCCUACAAUAGUGAGAAACGGAUGGAAUCAAGAAUCGAGGAUCACGUAAAGACCAUGUUUGUCGGACUUCAUUUGCUCACCGAAGAACUGAAGCUGUCAAUUACGCUCUUCCAGCAGCGGUUGCAUCUCGUGAGCUUGUUAUUGGAUAUGGGAUUGGUGCUUGGUUUGGGUCAGUUUGUUGCCUACUAUGGAGACGAUAAUUGCGUUCUUAAGCAACGAGGAAGGUUGACAGCGUUAGGAUUGCAGCCCAGUAGACAAAAAGAAGGGCUACUUUCGUUUGCUACGUAUGGUUGCGUGCCUGAUGUAAUGGUGUGGCUGCACGCAAAGAUGACAGCAAGAACGGACAAGUUAGCGGCGUUUCCGGCGCUUUUGGAUGAUUCAGAGCACCAGUCGUUUUCUCGUGGUUGCCUGUUUCGACGUCCUGGAAAUCCUCUUCGGCGCACUGAAGCGAUUUGUCGAGCAUAUGAGCUGAUCUUUACAAAGUCAGAAGAGCGUGUUCCUCAGUUGCCGACCGCACAGUCAAGUGCGUUCAAACUGAUUGUUUAUCUCACUCAAGAUCCCAUUGGUAGUGCACUAUCGUUGGGCGAUCUUCCGGUUGGUGUAAGCUUUCCUAUCUUUCAAAUUAUUUGCCAAGUGAAGCAGCACCCACCACCUUUCAUUACGGAAGAUAUCUGUGCAUUCGUGGGUCGAGAAGAUCUGAGUAUUGCAAGCGCAGAAAAUCUUGUUGUCGAUUACUUUGGGGCCGGUCAACAGCAUGAUCGUGCAAGUAGCUUACUGAACCAGAGUAUUCAAACAGAAGGUGAUGUGGGUGAUGACUGCGACGGUCUGAGAGACAUUAUACAUCGAAGUCAACCGCUCUUCCCUGCCGAUCAGAGGAUGAAGGAAGUUGCUCGGCUUCUUCGUUCAAGUCGCCCUCUAUGCUUAAAACUAGAGAAGACGCCAGAUUUGUCCGAUCUGGACUACGCACAGCAGCAGCAAGCUCGAUUGCUGCUUCUCUGCAAACGAUCCAUGGCGCUGUCUGUAGCACGUGGAAUGGUCACACUUGGUAGCUUUGAUGUUUCUACUGCUCAAACACAAAUAUGGCGACUUCGCAUUCCUGCACUACCUCUUGUUGGGCGUAAACCUCCUGCAAACGCGAUCGUAGAGCUCGAUCUGUCCGGCUACGCGAAAGAGUUAACUUAUUGGCCUCAAUUUCACAACGGAUGUGCUACAGGCUUUCGUCUUCCAGCAUAUGAUCUGUCUGGGGUCAUCAAUCGCCACUGGAUCAAAUAUCAUCGGCCUUCGGUCAGUGAUUCUCCGCAACGAAACGCAGGUGGAACUGCUUUGAACGGACAGGCAGGAGCAACCCGUCCAGGUGAUACUGCCACUUGCAAUCUGGAAGAGGCUUAUGCAGCCCAUGCGGGAUUAUUGUUGGGAUUAGGCCUACGCGGUCAUCUUAAGUGCUUGUCCAUGGCUGACGUAUACAACUACUUAUCGCUCUCGAAUGAGUUUGUGACUGUUGCUAUUAUGCUUGGUAUGGCCAGCACGGCUGCGCAAUGCCGACGCAAGCGUAAACAGCAAGCUGCAGCAGCAAACCCUGUCACCAAUAACGACGACAUUCGAUGUCCAUCAUCAUCAGCUGAAGGCGCGGAAAUGCCACCACUAGAAGUAGAUCAUUUUUUCUCCAGUUUCCCUGAGCUUUCAUCGUCGGAUAACACUCCGAUACUUGGGGCGGGACUAGAAUUAGCUUUGGAGCGAUCGGUAUCCAAAAUGCUGUGCCUUCAUGUACCAUCAUUGCUACCAUCACCAUUUGGAGGGUUUUCAGUACCUGCAUCGACUCAGUCGGCAGCAUUGCUGGGACUUGGCAUUUUGUACCAAGGAACGGGCUAUCGUUUGAUGACAGAGCUAUUGCUUACCGAGAUAGCACGCUCUCCAUCAAGCUCCCAGUUUGUGGGAGGCAAUGGUAAUGCGGGACUGUCGAUGGCUUUGUUUGAUCAGUUAGAGGGUUAUGCUCUAGCGGCAGGAAUGGCGCUUGGUCUUGUCGUACUUGGACGCGGUCAGACUACAACAGGAGACCCUGGAUUAGCCGACUUGAAGCUGGAAGAAAAGCUUCACAAGUACAUUGUUGGAGGAGCGGUACAUUAUCGGGACCUGAAUGCGGCUGGAAGUUGUCUUUAUCGUGGUCGUUGCUGGCAAGCGUUUGGCGGUGGAGGCAGUGGUGUUGGGUCUGCUGUUAAUGGCAAUGCUGCUAGUAAUGGCUCGCCUAAUGUCAGCACAGAAGCCUUUCCUGGUGCUGGUCGUGAUACAAAACACUCUCAUGACCGGAGCGGAACUCGUGGUGGCGGCGAACAUGUAAAUGUUGGGGUGACUGGUUGCGCAAGCGCUUUAGCACUAGCAUUUAUGUACAUGCAGACUGACAACAAGACUGUGGCUGCACAAUUGGCGGUUCCUGACACUCUUAUCCUCCUGGAAUAUGUUCGUCCAGAUAUCUUGUUGGUUCGUACACUUGCAAAAAAUUUAGUGAUGUGGAGUAACAUAUUUCCAACGGUGCAAUGGAUAGAACAAUGUGAAGUCCCUGCACAGCUUUAUGAAGCGUACCAGUCGAUCCUGAAUGCAAGAGUGGAUGUGGAUCGAUUGAAGCAUUCAAGUGGAUCGCCACCACAUUUUGAUCUCCACUUAAUCUGUGAGGCCUAUGCAAACAUUGUUACGGGGGGCGUGCAUGAGUAUUGGGUUACGAUUUGCUGGAACAAGUAA